AUGGAUUCGGAAGCCUUGAGCUCAGAUAGCCAUGUGGCCGCCGCCAUUUCAACUCGUCGUCGGUCAAAUUCUGUGUCCGAUGACUACUCUGUUCAGCGAACGAAUGACGAUGCAACGCAGUGCAAGUUCUUUGCGAUUCAGAAAGGCUAUUGGAAGGAUGAAUUCAUCUCUCGCUUCGCUAAUUCAUCAGCAAAUGUGGCAGAAGCACGUCGUUUCCCGGAGAUAUCAAUGGGAUAUUGGGCGAGAACAGCGGCAAUUGAAAAAUACGUUAGAGAGUUCUUGACUGAGUUCAAUGGAAAGGCUCAGGUUGUCAGCUUCGGUUGCGGAUUUGAUACUCUUUUCUGGCGUCUAGUUUCUUCUGGGUCGAAUCUUGUUAAAUACGUGGAGGUUGAUUUCUCAUCCGUUACUUCAAAGAAAAUCCGUCAUAUUCUGAAACCAGUUGGAUCAGGAAGUAUUGAUUUGAAAAAAAGCUUUGAAAGCGAAGCUGUUGUGUCUCAUCAUUCUGAUCUUCAUGCUGGUAACUAUCAUUUGGUGGGUGCCGAUUUACGUCAGUCGAAUGAGUUGGAUCAGAAGCUUGAAACAUGUCAACUUGACUACGAUAUCCCUACUAUUUUCAUCGCUGAGUGCGUUCUCGUGUACAUGUCUGCAAAUGCUAGCUCUUCUCUUCUAAAACAAAUUGUCUCCAAGUUCCGUCAACCAGCCUUCGUUAACUAUGAGCAGUUCCGUACUUCUGAUGCGUUUACCAAAGUAAUGGAACAAAAUCUGGGAGAAAGAGGUAUUCAGUUGCAUGGAUUGGAAAUGUGCGAAAGCUCUGAAAAGCAGGAAGAAAGAUUCCGCAAUGCUGGUUUCAAAACAAUCAAAGUAAUGGAUAUGAAUCAAGUUUUCAACAAUUUCCUUGAUCAAAACGAAGUCGCCAGAAUUCGAACCAUCGAAAUGCUGGACGAAAUGGAGCUUCUUGAGCAACUUCUCGCUCAUUAUUGUGUCGUUUUCGCCCGUAUUUGA